AUGUUCUUUCGACUACUUGCGCCCCCUGUUCUCCAGCUCUUAAGUGUCCUCUUAGUCCUCUUCUCGCUCGUGAGCCCUGUUCCGUUGCAUACGUCCAGCAUCUCGUUGAUUUAUAUUAGUGCUGUGCCUCAGAAUGACGUAGCAUCAUCAUCAAAUUCUACAGCGGGUGAGGGCCAAGCCAUCACCCUCAUGCCUGUGAAUAGCAGGACCAGUCUGCCGACAGAAGGCGGGCAGCCGGUGCCCAACGUGACCGCACCAGCCACCCAAGAUACACUCGCCUCCGAGGCUACCAAAGAGCCUACGCUGCCUCAUACCACACCCUCUGCCAUCUACACUAGCAUCGACGGGCAUUUGUCCCCGGUCACACCUGCCGCGACAGGCAGUGUAUCGUUGCCUCCGGUGCUGGCUACACAGGCUCCCCAGCGUAGGUUAUUCGCCCGCGAUUCCGUGAUUGAUACUGCUGGCUCAUUGGCAGCAACAGAGAUUCAGUAUGCCAUCGGCCUGCUGGGCGCCUGCUACCGUGACGUGAAUAGUACCUACCACUGUACGCCUUCACAGCUGCACCCGCACAUGGAUCACGCCAUGCUUGCUGACGCGCCAGGCCUACACAUCAACACCGCUAGUCUACCACCCACAUGGACAGCCCAACCUGUCUUGAUCCUCCUUACGCUGUUGGUGGUGAUUGUGACGAGUGCUAUGCAGGCGCGGCGUGUGCAUAUCCUGGCUACAGAUACGCUUACGUCGUUGUCACGAAACACAAUGCGUUGUUGCAAGAUGGCCAUGUAUGCCCAGGAUGUCGCAGCAGUGGUAUUGUUGCUGUGCAUGAUUGCCUUGCGAGUGCAAGUAGCGCGUAUACUCAGCACGUUCAAUGCUGACAAUGCCAAUGCACCUUUAGGCCCCGCAGCCAUCUCGCAUGACAGCCCAUUAUCGCCCCCCUUGAUCUUGCAAGCUAACACGGGGACAGAAUUUAGCACCAUUUGCAUUGCCGCCGUGAUCCUCCUCGUUCUCGCAUGGCUCGAGCGGCGCCGAUUGACAGCCGAGAUCGCAGCCAUGCCUUCAUCGUCCGACGUGGAAACGCCAUACCGUGAGAAGGCAGCUCCUUCGUCCCCCUCCAAAUGGCAAACUCUCUUUCAUACCCCGCUCACAAGUGGGGCCACGACGCCACCACGCGCAUCGACGAUGAAAAUUUCGGCUCCUAUCGCCAUGACGCCUGUACGAUCGCGCUCGCCCAGCCAGACAUCCAAUACACCAUCGCCCACCAAGUCGGCGGAGAUCCCACCCACACCCAUGCACGACGCUGUGCCAUGGACCCACGCUGGUGUACGGCGGAUUGUGCUCGCCCCGCCGACGGCUCAAUAA